AUGUCGACCUCGUCGUCAAACUCGUCAGUCAGCGAAAAGGACGUGGCUGCCGACCCCACCCUCCAGCCCAGGCCCCGUCUCGGCAGCAGAAAGUCGAGCGGCACCAUCAUAAUACCCCGCGACAGUCCAAAUGUCGAAAUGAAGGAAGAGGAGGAAGAGUAUGAUGACGGCGAUGCGCGCACAAUGAGUCCCCGUCGUAGCAGCGAGGAAAUUGAAAAAAUGGGUCAGGAUGCUCGACAGGCCCUCAUAGAACAAGCAAAAGCCCUGCAAGCUAGUCUCAUGGAAAUUGUCGACCGCGUUGAAGUUGUCAAGAGCGAACACGAAAAGCUCGAGGGCGGCAACAAGUUCCUGCAAUCAUAUAUUGGCGAACUCAUGCAAACAAGCAAGCUCACCUCCGCCGGCGCUGGAAAGGCCACAAAGGUCAAGGGCAAGGGCAAGCCCAUCAAAUAA